UUAAAUAAAGACCUAAAUUAUUUUAGCGGUUUUUAUGAAAUUAUUGAGAUAUUCGCUAUCAGAAUCUAGUUCAUUCUUUGAAGAUCAAAUUGAAAAGGAGAAAACUACCAUAAAUAGCUAUAACCUGAGAUCUCACAAUGAUCUUACCACAAACGCUUUCACCCCUAUCCGAUCCCAAAAAUUAUCGAUUAAUUCGAAAAAACUCGACUCGAACCACACAAAGAAGACCAUCGCCUUAGAUACGAAUAACCCAAUUGUCCAGGUGGUCUUAGACAAAUUGCCGACUCGUAUUGAUACAUCCGAAAAUAUUCGCGCGACGAAUUACGGUAACGAUAACCACGAGAGCGUCGAAAUCCAGAAGAAAAGUCAGGGAAAAAUGGAUAAAGGGAACAAAAGAUCCAAGAAAAAGGGACUAUCCGAGUUGGAUAGACUCGCGAUCCGAAGUUUUAGACCUGAGUGGGCCUCUACUAAUAGUCACAUUCGAGGAGUGGAUCCAGACAAAACUUUGACAAAUACCUGUAGAUCUUCAACGAGAGUUCGAACCUUGCGCUUCCAACAACUCAACUUGGACAAGAUCUGCGCUCAGCAGCCUCCCGCGGUUAUUUUAAAAAAUACCUUACAAAACGGUUUGGACCGACUUAUAGGCACGGACGAAGAGUCGGCAAUUUGGUCAAUCAGGAAUAAAAUUCCUGAAAGUAAAAAAAGGAAGAAGAAGAAAAAUGUUGAAAAUGUGGGCGAGGGCCUUCUCCCAACCCCCAAAAAUUUCGUCGGGGUGAUGGAAAAAAAUGUCAAUUACGUUUUCGAUUUUAAAAAUCAACAGACCCGACGCGAACUCGUGCCAGAUACAGAUGAUCCCCUAUUAAAUCAUCUCAAUAUGGGUAUGGGUGAUGAAUAUAUCCGCAACGUGCCCUCGACGUCUUACGACUUUUCCGUCACCUCCAGUCUCAAAAUUUCGCAGCAGAAAGCGCCUAAAAAGCCUCGCGAGAAACAGAACAAGCCCAUAAAUCUCAUCUCCACUCCCCACACCGCCAAAGCCGUUCUCAAAAUUAGCCAAAAAAGAAAGAAGAACGCGCCUAUUAUCGAGAUGCGGAACGAAGCCGGUGUCGAUAUCUCAGACAUCAGUCAUUCGUCUCAGCCAUCACUCCACCUGGAUCCGGUUUUCAUGGCAACGCGGAUAACCCCCGAAAAUAAACGCAGGGCCGUUCUGCGAGCACAAAAAAAUCAUAAAGACGAGCCCCCUGAGGCGAAAACUAGGAGUGUUUUAGGUUCGAAAUUUAUCGAGGAACAAUUCAAAAGUCCCAAUCAUAACAGCUACAUUUCGAACAGUGAUGUAGAUGAUGCCCUGACUGACGAUUUUUCGGUAGCGGGUUCGAGUGACAGGGAAAGUGUCAUCAGCCGACUUACAUCGAAGUUUUUGACUAGUGAUAGGCCUACGGUGAACCAUAUUGCCCCACCUAUUCAGCCACCCGAUUAUAAUUACGAUCAACAAAGUGCUAUGAUCAACAUUAACCUUCAAACGUCUACUGGUGUGCGACUAGUACCAUUAAAAUGCGUUUAUUUUGACAAGGACAAAGAUUCUUUACCCAAAUUAGGACCCUCUCUGGAGCGCACGGUGGCGGACGACGAUUAUUACAUUAAUCGCAUUUUCGAUCUAACCAAUUUUACUAACGGUCGGAUUAUAUUGAAGCCAUUAAAAACCAAACCGUCUUCCUUGACCGACAUGAAUAUAUACAUUCGAGUUGAUGCCGGGAAAGUUUCAAUGUUGAUCAAUGGCGCCAAAUUAUUCCUCCACGAAAAUGAUCACAUCAUUAUUCCCCCAAAGAAUUCCUACUCACUUACAAAUUUGCUAUCAACAGAAACCGUAUUAAUGUACCUUGUAUUCUGAAAUAACUGAGACAAACGUUGGGAUAUCUUAACUAAACAAUUUAUUAAUUAAUAUAGGAAAUAUAUAUACUUAUAAU